CGGAAGCGGCAGUCACUUUGUGUCGGCUUCUAACGCCCCAGAAUUUUGGUCAAAGUCGGCGACGGAACCCCAGAGUCUUGGUCUGCGUGCGUUGAAUCGAUUGUGAUUCUUUCUUACCUGCUAGAGACAGUAUUCCAACGCUUUAAAAAUCUUCUGUGCGCAUGUAAAUGACUCUAGAAAGUCGACAGAUCUAUAUGGCGCGCCCUUUUCACUUGUCUUUUGCCAUCAAAUGACAUGGCGGGUGCAGGAACCGGCCUUCCGAGAAACAAAGGGGUGUGCCCGAGAGCGCUCUGUUCUUCGAUUCAGAUCUAGAGCCCAACUCUCCUUUUCCCACAACUUCUUUCCGAGUGAACUGGGCAGUUUCUUGGACUUUUCGCGGAAACCCACACUCCGACGUAACCGUAUUUCACUGUCUCUGCAUAGAAAACGGAGACACAUCGGCUUCCCCAUUCUUGACGCCUUCGGUGCCACGACCUCUCGUGUUUUUUCUCUUUUCGAAGAACGGCACGAGUUGAUUUCCAUACCUUAACAAGCCGGUCUCGUAGGCUCUCGGUUUGUCUUUUUUUUCGUUUGUUUCUUCUUUAGUUCUGUCCAUCUUUCUUUUCUUCUGUUCUCCUUCUCUACGAUUCUUGUGCUGUUUUACUGAACGUCAAAGUUCGUUUCGUCUUUCUGCGUGAAAAGUCCUUCAGAAAGUCAAUGCUGAAGAAUCAAUAUAUAUUUAUGUAUAUAUAUGUCUUUCGAACGCCGUAUGACAUCCAGAGCAAGCAGCCUUUUUUAAUGAAACGCACGAAGAAAAUCUGACCAGUGUCCUCGUUUCUCUUCUUCUGUUCUCCACCGCCAUUCGGGGAUUAGCUUUGCUACGUAUUUCGUCUUGUCUUGUUUUUUCAUAUCACCACGAGUUGCCAUCGAAGGAGAGUUUCUGCCUCGUCUGCGACCCUUCCUUUCGCGCCUCGUUUCCCCCUUUUUUUUGUCAUUUCAAUUCAGAGUGUUUCUGCCGCAAUGCAGCUUCUCUUCGCCGGUGUUUGUGAUGGAAGUCGAAGGCUCUUUGCUCCCCUUCUGAAUCAUGGCUCUUCUGCUGCGGUCGCCGACCGCAGCCGUUCAGUUGUCGAUUUUUCUCCUUUUUUCGUUCGUGUUUUUCCUUCCCCCUCUAUGCCUGGCUCUCCAGUCGACGAAGUUCAGUGCCGAGACGCAUCGCCCCCUCAGAUUCCGGCGUCACACUCGAGGUUUCUUCCACUCAACUUCUUGUUUUCUGCACUCCGUCCAGAGUAGCAGUGCCGUCUCUGAUCGAAAAGCCUUUCUUGCUUGUCGCCUUCUGCAUCCGCAUCAUUCGCUGUUCUGUUUCGCGUCGACGCCUCACCUGGAUCCCCGGGAACACGCAGUUGCAGUCGAUCCGAGACUCUUCGUUCGCUCCCUUGUCUUUUCUAGAAAUUCAAGGACAGGAGAGAUACGUCCAGGGUUUCUGAAACGCCAGCAGCUGCGGCACUCUCUGCACGCAUGCACAGAGGAGGACGCCUCGUCACAGGAGAGCUUUUUUCUCCCCGAACGCAGAGGGCGGGGACGAGAAGGAGGUCCAGAGACAGCCAGAGGCUUCGCCGCUCCCCACACUGGCACGGAGAAGGAGAUUUCUCCUCGCUCGAGACCGCCGGCGGACUGGCGGGCUCUUCCAGGAGCAGCAGUGCCUGUUCCUGGGUCAGAGAAUUGUGCAGGGAAGCCGGGAGAAGCGGAGCAUGUUGAGGCAGCGAGUCUCCCUCAUGACGGCGCAGAUCCGUUCAGGCCGUUUCUGCGACCGCACCGAGCGCGAGGGUCGCUCGUGCGCGCUGACGGAAUAAAGCCGGAAUUUCUCCUGUCCGGUGUCGUCGCCGUUCGCCAAGACGGCGAGGAAGUGAGCACAGGCGAAGAAGGAGGCCAGACGAAGAGUGGAGGUGCAGAGACGAUGCAAGGCUCUCCAGAAGGAGAAAAGAAGCUGCCUCGUCACACAAUGCUUCUGAAAAGCCUGGAGACCGACUGGCUUUCUGUAGGCAAAGUUGCGGGUGUCCACGGCCUGGCAGGAGAGGUCAAAGUCCGAGCCACAACUUACAGAAUUCAAGAACGCCUGUGUGAACCAGGCAGACGCGUGUUCUACACUCCGCCAGGACGCGGACGACUCAUCUCACUAGAAAUUGAGUGGGCUCGACGCACAGCCGAAUCGCGAGUGUUUUUGAUGAAAUUCAAGAAUAUCGGCGACAGAACCUCAGCUUUGUCCUUGAAUGGAGGGCUCCUCCUCAUUUCAGCACACCAGGCGCGGCAGGACUUGCCUCCUGGAAAAGUUCUGGUUUCCGACAUCGCGGGGUUCUUUGUCACCGUUCACGGAGACCCUCAGAGAAACAAGAUCGGACACAUCGUUCGAGUAAUUCCGAAGGAAACAACAGUGAGAGAGUCCGUCAUCCCUGCGGCCGACGACUCUCUGGAAAUUCUGCUGUACCCCGAUGUGGCUGCCAAGCCCCUGCUGCAUGAUUUUGCGCCGCCGCUGCGGCAGUUGCCCGCCGAGAUUUUCGGGGAGAAGUACCUGAAAAGGAGUAAGCUGGAGGACCGCAUGGAGGAGUGCGGCCUGGAGGUUUUGUUUCAGUGCGAAUUUUGCGGAAAAAAGUUCAGGCAGUACGACCGAGCGAACGCACACGAGCUGCGGUGCAUGCACACCUCGAGCAACUCGACUUUGGUGGCGGAUUUCGAAGGGCGGCUUCUGGAUCGCCGUCGGGAGGUUCUGCGGGAUUUCGUGCAGCAGCGACAGGAGCGCCUCUGGCGCUACGGCCGGGCUUCUGACAGCUCAGACGAAGAGAAGCCUUUGCUGCUUCUCGACGAAAAAGGCGACAGCUACUCAGACGCUGAGGCCGCGGUCCGGACCCUCGGCGUGGGCGACCCGGGGGAACGCGACUUCGUGUGGCAGACACGGGAAGAACUGAGGAAAUUGGAGCCUUCGGAGAGGAAAACAGACGGCGAAUGGUGGGUCGACGAAGGGAAGGAAGGCACAGAUUGGAUCGAAGACGACGACGAACGAUUUGCGCAAGUCGGAGACGGCACAGAUCGAGGGGAUCUCCUGACUCUCCAGAAUCUGGUCAUGGGAGGUUCGCAGGCGGGGAGGCUCUCCGCGGCAGAAACGGAUCUCGACGCGCCAGCAGGGAAAAAAACGUUCUUGCUUCCGUUAACGUUUAACCAAACCGUCUGGGACAUUGACUUCGCAACCCGGUCGGUUGCGAUUAGUGCACCUCCCAGUCUCCUGGACUAAAAGCGAAACACAACCCUUGAGCGCCUUUUAUGUCGAAGCGGCCUGCAGCCCGCCCACAAACACAGAUGCUUUGCCUGAAGGGAAUUGUCAGGGUGUUUUUGCCGCGGAAGGCUUGCUGUGCCUGCGUGCACAUCCUCCCCCCUCUUCUUCUAGAGUUUCGGUCUUAAGGCGGCACUUGAAACUUCUCUUUGCGUAAAUUUGCCUUCCAGCGUCUUUCAAACCCUCCAAUUCUCCUCGAUGCAAUAACACAGAUCCAUUCAACAGGAAUCACUCAACAUGACUGUCGCUGUCGAAUUCCUUGGUUUUCUUGUUCGUCACAUUCAGAGAACUCUGGGUGGCUCAAAGAGGCUGCGUCUGCUUUUUAUGUCUCUCAUCGCCGAGUCCCCCGUGCACAGAAAGGCUCUUUUCCAGUGGGCCGAUGAACGGAGCUAGAAACUGCGACUCAGGAUCAGCUGAGGUGCAGAAGCCGUUAAUAUGCUGUAGAAAGUAGGCCAUUGGCACUCCUCUCACAUGCGAGACUAGAUGACCUAUCUUGCAAGGCGGAUGGACGCAAAACACACAUGCAUACAUCGUCGUGCGUGUAUCUAUCUCAGUACUUUUAUUCGUAUGGCUGCCUCCUGUGGACAGGUGCAAGGGCAAUUCCCCGGACAUACGUAUCGUUGUGAUGUUUACGCGUCGUAGUCGCGGCCCGCAAAUGAGAAGUAGGGAUACAGAAGGCGGUAUCACAAGACUCGCAAUCGCCUGAUGAUUCAGGCUCUUUGCAAUCUGCCUCU